AAAAAUAAAAGCUCUGUCUAACACUGUCAUUUUAAGAUGUCAGUUUGGUUGUAGACUUUCAACAGCUGAAAUCAGGUACCAUGCGUACUUCAACCAUGCGUAUUGGCAAAAGACGUAGUGCACGGAUCCUCCGUAAGAAUAUGGAAAAGGCCAUUGCUCAUUUGCGGGUUUAUAUGCCCCCCGAGAGUCAGACAACUUUUGUGAGGAACCUCAUGGAACCUGACGACCGGACUAUUGGCAACGCCGAGCUUCGAGGCAUGAUCAGGGCUAUGAUCCAAAUGGCCCUUCACUUCCAGCCUUCGCUAGUGCCUUUGUUUCUGGACGACGAAUGUCGGACUGUACGCCUGAUCCUUCGCAUGGGAGCCUUAUUCAUUAAAACCUACAUCCUUUAAAAUUACUAAGACUGAAAAGCUGUUUUGUGUAUAUCUGUUAUAUGAAUUAUUUGGAAUAUAAGUAUUACAAAUUCA